GUGGGGGAGCAGGUCUCUGGCUUUAUGUAGGAGGAUUCUUGGCACAUUUCGGGUUGACUUUGCGAUAGACAGGGAUGCGAAUGUUCUCACUGGAGAGUUCAUCUAGUUUGCCGGGAGAUUGGCGCGUCGGCAGAGGUCUGAGUGGACGCCCACACCCCAAGCCAAACAAACUUCAGCUGAUUGCGUCCCUGCUCUUCAGAUUCUAGGACCUUGAACUUCAGAGAGAGCUGAGUGGCAGAAGGGAUGAAGUAACCUUUAUCUAAACACUGCAGGGCAUUUUCCAGUAAAGAACAUGGUGAAACUCCUUCACACAUUAGCAGAUCAUGAGGAUGAUGUCAACUGCUGUGCCUUCUCCUCUUCCCUCUUGGCUACUUGCUCCUUGGACAAAACAAUUCGCCUGUACUCCCUGAGUGACUUUGCUGAAGCGCCAUACUCGCCCUUGAAGUUUCACACCUAUGCUGUCCACUGCUGCUGUUUCUCGCCUUCAGGGCAUAUUUUGGCUUCAUGUUCAACAGAUGGUACCACUGUCCUAUGGGAUACUCAAAAUGGACAGAUUUUGGCGGUGAUGGAACAGCCCAGUGGUAGCCCUGUGAGAGUUUGCCGAUUUUCCCCAGACUCCACUUGUUUGGUAUCAGGGGCAUCUGAUGGAACUGUUGUUUUGUGGAAUGCGCAGUCAUACAAGUUACAUAGAUGUGCUAGUGUUAAGGAUGGCUCCUUAGUGGCCUGUGCGUUUUCUCCUCCUGGAAACCUCUUUGUCACAGGCUCCUCAUGUGGAGAUUUAACAGUGUGGGAUGAUAAAAUGAGGUGUCUGCACAGUGAAAAAGCACAUGAUCUUGGAAUUACCUGCUGUGACUUUUCUUCACAACCAGUUCCUGGUGGAGAACAAGGACUUCAGUUCUUUCAGUUGGCAUCAUGUGGUCAAGAUUGCCAGAUCAAAAUUUGGAUUAUUUCUUUUAUCCAUAUCUUAGGUUUUGAAUUAAAAUAUAAAAGUACACUGACUGGACACUGUGCUCCUGUUCUGGCUUGUGCUUUUUCCCAUGAUGGGCAGAUGCUAGUUUCAGGAUCAGUGGAUAAGUCAGUUAUAGUGUAUGAUACUAACACUGAGAAUAUACUUCACACCCUGACUCAGCACACCAGGUAUGUCACAACUUGUGCCUUUGCACCCAAUAUCCUUUUACUUGCUACUGGUUCAAUGGACAAAACAGUGAACAUCUGGCAAUUUGAUACGGAAACACUUUGCCAAGCAAAGAUCCAAGAUCACCCAAAGCAGUUUACUGAAAAUUGGUCAGAGGAUGAUGUCUCAAACUGGCUUUGUGCCGAAGGUUUAGAAGACCUCGUUGAUAUUUUCAAAAUGAAUAACAUUGAUGGAAGAGAAUUACUGAAUCUUACAAAAGAAAGUCUAGCUGAUGAUUUGAAAAUAGAAUCUCUAGGGCUGCGUAGUAAAGUUCUGAGGAAAAUUGAAGAACUGAGGACAAAGGUGAAAACCCUUUCUUCUGAAAUUCCUGAUGAAUUUAUAUGUCCAAUAACUAGGGAGCUUAUGAAAGAUCCUGUCAUCGCAUCAGAUGGCUACUCAUAUGAAAAGGAAGCAAUGGAAAAUUGGAUCAGCAAAAAGAAACGUACCAGUCCCAUGACAAAUCUUGUUCUUUCUUCAGUGAUACUUAUACCAAAUAGGACUCUGAAAAUGGCCAUUGAUCGAUGGCUAAGCGAGACACAUCAAAAAUAAAACUCUCUAUAUUGUGUUAUUUAUAUUUUCUGUGAUCUCACUUGAGUGAUUUAAAGGUAAACUUUGUAAAUUUAAUUACCUAUUAAAAAGCCUUUUCAUAUAAUAGUGAAUAAAGUCUUAACCUAUAGAGAAAGUUUUACUUUGACUUCAAAUUGCAAUGCUCAAGUUUAUUCUUAUUAUAGAUCAUAUCCCAUUAUAACCAAAGAUCAGAAUAACCUAGACUGGAACAUAAUUAAAUCCUAGUUAAUAACAUUUUAUUUGAUAACUCUCUGGAAUCCUUCUAAAGAGAUUUUAGCAAAAUAAUUGUAGAUUUGUUUAUGAAUAAAUUGAGAAAAUCACUUUGAUAUAUAUACUGAGCAGUUUUUUUAGCUUCUGAGUUUGCAAGGUAGUAAUGAUCCCCCCCCCCCCCCCCCCCCCGUCCAAACCUAGGUACAAAUUAGAUCGCAUAAAUUAUCACAGAUGCAUUAAGUUGACGUUGCUGAAACAUAUAAAGUGGCAAACUAGCCUCCUUUUAGGAUAUAGACUUCUUAAAAAGUUCUCACAUCAUAGUUUAAGCUAAGGUGACCAUACGUUUGUACACAAUAGGCUGAUAGCUAAUACAAGCACCCUGACGAACAUUUACUCAGAAGACUUCAGAUUCUGUAAGUGAAGGUUGUACUGCCUCUCAUAAGUUGUUCACCAGAAUGGAAGCCAUUAGUGCAAAGCUUGCUAAAACUAAAUCAACUCUAAGGGCAGGAGGGACCAGGACUUUGUACUUACCCCCAAACCCUCAUUGUAAUUGUUCUGAAAUUUGAAAACACAAAUAAAAAAGCAAUGUAAGUAUAUAUUCCAUCAAAAGACUUGUUAAAACUGGUAGUGCUCUCACCAUUGGACCAGGUAUCUUGUGUUUUGAUAAAAUAAUACUUAUUUCUCAAAAGGGCUAGCUGGUUUUCACAUAAAAAUUACUAGAAAUCAUUGGUGUCACUGACAGAAAACAAUAAAAGAUGUUAUUUUUUAAA